CACUGGGUUAAAGAGUCGACACACACACUGAAUGAAGAUGGCGAUGAGAGCAGCGCUGCGGUGCCUUUCCGCAAACUUUUCUCCCAGCCUGCCUCAGCUGUCUCCGGCAGCGCAGCUCUCAGCGAGCCGGCUGCUGUGGAGGAGCGGCUCUCCGCGGACACUGAGCACCACCUCGGCCCUGUCCACAGCCCUAAAGUUCACAGAUAAGCAUGAGUGGGUGCAAAUCGAGGGUGGAAUUGGCACAGUUGGUAUCAGCAGUUAUGCUCAGGAAGCAUUAGGUGAUGUGGUGUACUGUGGACUCCCUGAAGUUGGCCAAAGACUUGAACAAAUGGAGGAGUUUGGUGCCUUGGAGAGUGUAAAAGCUGCCAGUGAGCUUUACUCACCACUGACAGGAGAAGUGAGUGAAAUCAACACAGAGCUGGCAGACAAUCCUGGACUUGUGAAUAAAGCCUGCUAUACAGACGGGUGGCUAAUCAAGAUGACCAUUGAAAAGCCUGAAGAACUUGAAGACCUCAUGGAUCAAGCAAGCUAUGAUAAAUUUAUUAAGUCACUUGAUGAAUAAACCAAUAGACUCACUGUGCUAUUUUGUAAUGUAACCUCAAUCAAACAGUAGUACUAACAUCUUGAGUGGCACUCUUCUUCAUCUGCAGUGUUUAUUUUGAUACUGGAACUGUGCUAUCAAAAUAAUUUUAAAUCUUAAGUAACUUCCACGUAGAAGUUUAGGACUCAUUUAGCCACUAAAACAUUAAGGGCUCUUAAUAUCAAGAUCAGUCAGUAUUAUUGGGUCUUGUUUGUGGUGCUUUGUUCCAUUUUAAAUGUGCACAGAUGUGGUUAAAGACUGGAAAGUGAUUGUAAGUGCUGUGUCACCUUCAUUUAAUAAAUCUGGUCCUUAUGUUUGAA